ACUCCGACGAUGAACGAGAAGAGAGAGAAAAACUCUUGAGGAAUCGAUUUUCCCAGCACCACAUUAUUGAUUUUUAUCGAUAAUUGAUGAACCAUCGUUUUUGUUUUUCCCCAACUCCCAUCCUCCAUUGCAGCGUCACUCAUCCACGUGCCAUAUUACCCUCACACGCUCCCAUUCCAAUCCUUCGAAUCUUCUCUCCAUAUUCCCUCAAACCCCUCUUCACAAAUCCUCUUUAUCUCUCUACUGGUCAAAAUUCAAUUCCAGAACCUCGAUGUUGGGUGGCGGUGUUGGCGGUGGCAGCGUUUAUUGGGGGGCGAGAAACGAGCCCCGGAAUAGUAGAGGCCUUGUUGUUCUUUUCGCUUGGGUUUCGAUUCAGCAUCGUCACUUGGAUAAGUUUGUCCACCUUUAUGCUUCGCUUGGAUGGAAUUCCCUGGUUUGUUAUGCCGAUUUUCUCAACAUAUUUGAUCCUGAAAGGGCUACAUCACUAGCGUUUCUUGUUAUCAAUGAGCUUGUUGAGGAGCUAAGACUGAAGCUGCGUCCUAUAGUUUUUGUAGCUCUAAGUGGUGCAUCGAAGGCUUGUAUGUGCAGGGUUUUGCAGAUUAUCGAGGGUAGAUGUGGCAGUCCACUUUACAUGAAUGAAUGUCAAAUGAUCAGAACUUGUGUAUCUGGGCACAUAUAUGAUUCCAGUCCUGUGGAACUUAUAAGUGACUUGGGUGUUCGAUUUGCCAUACAUCCGACUAUUCUAAAAAUGCCUGGAUCAUCUCAACUUAUCUCAUGGCUUGCAAAAGGCGUCUCUUCUGGUCUUGAUGCACUAUAUCUCACUAGAUUUGAUUCACAGCGUGAUGAGUACUGGCGGACACUGUGCUCGUCGGUUAACAUUGGUGCUCCAUUUCUCAUUAUGUGCUCUGAAAAGGAUGAUCGUGCUCCAUAUGACAUUAUCUGUAAUUUCACCAAGAGUAUUCAAGAAUUAGGGGCUGAUGUUCAGCUUGUGAAAUUCAAUGGCUCCCCACACUUAGGUCAUUACAAAAAUUACCCAGCUCAAUAUAGAGCUGCUGUGACCAUUUUUCUCGAGAAAGCGUCAUCUGUUUAUUCACACAAAAUCCUACAAUUUAAAGGAGAAAGAAGAGACAUGGAAGGUGAUGAAAUGCCUGAAUUGAUAUGUGACCUUCAGAAUGCAGCUGUUAAUUCAAACCAGAGUUUUAGAAGAGUGGCAGUUGGGCCAAGUGAUCACUUCUUCUUGCCAAGCUCAGCACAUUCUCAGGAUGGUGGGGAGCAGCCUUCCUCACCUGAUCCAAAAGAAAGAACAUCUCCGCUAUCGAGCCCCCCAGGCAUCAGUGCACAUAGCGUGCUUGGUCAAUUUCUCUUUGAUGUUUGUGUGCCUAAAAAUGUUGAGGGUUGGGAUAUUAAAUUUCAUGGCUCUUUAAAUGGGCAACCACUUGCUUCAGCUCGCAGGCACUCACCUUUCCCUGGUACAAAGUUUAUCCGACGCUCUAGACUAUGACGUAGAUAAGAGAUAAGAGUUGAAAACUGGGUUUUGUCUGUGAGUUUAUUAUCAUCUAACCUCUAGCUCUUGAGGCAUUAGUAGCACAUCUAAUUUAAAUUCUAGACAGAAUCCCUCCCUCAUGGUAAUUGCAAGAUUUGGAGGUUGUACCUCAUUAGGAAUCUUUUCGGACCAAAGGAUGACUCCCAUCGUUGUGGCCUCAAAUACUGGAAAAACUGCAUUGUACAAAUUACACUGAGAUCUUGCAUAUCAUACUAGGAGAUAGAAGUUUCAGACUGCUCUAUUGUGCGAUAGGGUAUGGCGGAAGAGUUGGAAGAUAGGUUAGAGAUAUGGUAUAAUGUAUGGUGAUGUCCACAUACAGUAACGGACUGUUUAUGGUAUUGAGGAAGGGAUUUUUGUUCAUAGGCUUUAGGGUUUGUACAGAAGUGUAAAAAGGGAACCUCCACUAUGUUGACAGACGCUCACUUUAAUGCUUGAAUAAUGUAUAUACAUGAACUGAACAAACAUGAUAUGUUUGAUUUUGAAGAGA